AUGGAUCGAGAUCCUCACAAACCAAAUUAUAUUUUCUCUUCGAAUAUACCUUCUAAGAUAAAAACGUUGGCUAGAAGGUAUAAAAGGAUACUAGAGGAACACGAGCAGACGCAGAUAUACCAUGACAGGGACCAGGUGUCGCUUGUAGAUGGUGAUGGCGGUGCUGGCGGUGCUGGUGGUGUGAUCCUUCAGGUCAAUGUAGAAUUAAACACCUUCCUUCUGCGAAAUAGGAAAAACUUAAAACCAUCUGAUCUUGCUAAAGACAACCUUAUAUCGAUCGCUAAAUCAUCUGGUAGACGUAGGGGCGUGUUCGGUAGCCUAAUAGACUUCAAGACUGCGCUGCUGUCAUCGUUGUCGACAUCGUCGUUGCCCCCAUCCUCUUCGGCUUCAUGCAUAAACGUUCGUGACGAGAUCUUCAUAUUGACCUUGACGUUGAAAUUGCUUGACUUCGUUGUACUUCAGGAUGAGAGUGUGGAGAUGGAGUUCGUGAAAGAUGAGUCGUAUGGCAUUAUGGUGUUGUGCGAUUAUGGACUUUUAGACCAGUUGGAAUGCUACAUACGAUGGAAGUUCUCCAACUACCUUAGCUCAGAUGUGCCGAGUAGCACUGAAGACGACAUUGACUAUUUGGACGAAUCCAGCAACUUGGAUUUAAUUGGCAUAUCUAUAGAUGGAGAUGAUGAAGAUGAAGAUGAACGUGAACGUGAAGGAGAGGACAAGGUGGACGAGUCGGUUGACACAUCUUCUACGAUGAACAGCGACACCAACGGCAAAAGCUUCUUAUAUGAAGAUGAUCACGAAUUUAACUCGUCUGUGGAAGAGUUGAAUAUAUUACAAUCAAACGAUAUUACCAGAUCUAACACCCAGGACGAUGAAGACGAUGAACUAGACGAUCGAGAAAAUGUAAAUGAUGAAGUGGUGAGAUCAAGAUUAAAGGUGAUACGAGAAGAGUCUACUGAUAAGUUUUUAAAGGAGAUCAGUAAUUUGAGGCACAAUGACCUCCCUCUCAAGGGUUCUGAUCUGCCACUCAAAGUCUCUCAUGAUCAAAUAGACGAAGAUGAAGAUGAAGGUGACAGGGCUACUUUAAUCUUGGACGGUAUAUCUGAUGUCGAAUGCGACUUAGACGAAGACGAAGAAGAAGCUAUGUUGGCAUCUCCUACAAAAGCCAAGCUCAACCAAUACGGUAAAUAUAACCAACUUUCAAAUUUGCAGCCUGCUUUCCAAUUAAGAAAGGCAUCACCAAGUAGCUAUAACAAUAACACCAAUUAUAAGCUACCACCCCCAAACCCCCCUUCAUUGCCC